AUGGCGGACCCUGACAAGGGCACCUCUGUCGUGGAAAUGAACCCCACACCUGGAGGAUCACCUGGUAUGGAUUUCGAGCCUAACCUUGCCGUGGUAUCUGAGAUUCCAUCGGAGCCGGAUUCUCCACCUCUGUCACCAAUUUCCUUGAACGGGACGGCACAACAAGAGCAAUCACCAGGACUUCCUACUCAAGAAUCAUUGGAAAACCAUCAAGAUGCAGCUUCAGCUCAUGAUGACCUGUCGUCACCCAGCAAUAAAUCAGUAACGCUACAAAGUCCGCUAUCUGAACGAAGAUCGGUCAAAGUAGAAGCACUGAAUGCGGCAGUACUAAGUUCACCCGGAUCUUCCAGAAGCUCGUUCUCAUCGUCACCAGGAUCUGUUCCGGGAUCUUGUCGCCGCAAAUCAACAUCGAGAAAAAGUUCCCUUACUCGGAAUCCAGAAUUAUCGCGGUCGGAACUGCGUGGAACACUUCCACUGAAAGUGUCACCUAGGUCAAGCAUAUCGUCAACCUCUUCAAAGGAAAUUCCUAUGAAAUUUCAGUCAAUCGAUCUUGAACGAGAAUUGCCAGAAAUUUUUAGCACGUCUCUGAAUCCUGCAAUCCAAGAUCCAGAUAUGAGCGCGUUCUACUCAAGAAUCAAGAGCCCACCACCAGUUUAUGUGGGCCGAGCGUGCCUAACUGGCAUUCGCCCAGUCAAUGUGCUGAGUCAGCAUUAUUAUCCCCAUUCCACUAGCAACCCAUCAAUCGAUGCUUUCGGUGGGAGCUAUUAUCCUUACAACGACAACGACUUUCUCCAUCCGCCACCGCGCAAACAAAGGAAAUUCUCACGCCACGGUGUUGGCAGACUUCACUCCGGUUACGACGUUUCAAAAUACCUCGCUGCACUUCCACUGUCCGGCUACUGGUUAAAUCCGAUGAAAGACAAGCGGCAUAGCAAAGUUUCAACAACGUCAGCACCACCGUUUAUGUCUCCCAAGGUCACGGUUGGAACACAAGUAGAUGAUCCACCAAGAAGAUACAAACUAUGGCUUGCAUUGUUUGUAUUUGUAUUCUUCCUCUUUCCAAUGGGCAUUAUUUUUCUGUUUCGUAUAAUUCCGGCUUUGAUGUUUUACUUCAACGCUCCUCAUGAUGGGGGUGAAGUCCAUGCAUGAAAACGUCUCCUCGCAGUUAACUAUACUACAAACAACGUGAUUUACACUUUCAUCUCAGGAUGUGACAAAAUUGAGGGACAUAUCAUGUUUUGCGCAAACGUAUACGGAAAUCUUACGAAACAUGCUAUCUCUCCCUGAAUUUUUAGAGCUAAAGCCUACUAUCCCAAAAAGCUGUCUUCCAUCCUUUCAAAGCACUAUCUUUACCUAUCGAUUUUCCUGGGAAUCAAAACAAAGCAUGCCAUUACUAUCUGUCGCCAUCACGGGAUAGACGUGAAAUGUUUAGAUUACCUUAGAAAGUUGCAUGAAAAAUGAUGUUGGGACAAUUGCUGUACCAUUUUUUUUUCGAGGUGGUCGAAUAAAAUUGUGCAC